AUGUCCUUGCCUGAGCCUGUUUCUUUUACCAAAACCUGGCACUCCAAGCCAUACCCCUUCAUUGACCCAUCUCGCCCCGAGCUCUCUGCUGCCGGCAAGAACGUAGUUGUCACGGGCGGUGGCAGUGGAAUCGGGAAUGCUGUUGCCGUCGCAUUCGCCAAAGCAGGCGCCAAGUCGGUUUCGAUAGUGGGAAGAAGCGCCGACAAGCUCAAGCGCGGUGCGGAGAAUAUUCAGGGUGCAAUCCUACCAAAUGGAACCACUAAAGUCAUCUCUGAGGCUGCCGAUUUUCUUGUCAAAAGCCAGAUUGACGCCGCUAUCCAAUCGAUCGUUGCAAAGGUCGGCAAAAUUGAUGUCUUCGUGUCGAAUGCCGGUAUACUGCAGCAGCCGGGCCCGAUUACCCCCUACAAUGUGGACUUGUUUCUGUUCGGCGUGAGUGAGGGAAUCCGCAGUGUGUUCAAUGCCUUCCAGGCAUUUCUUCCGGUUGCUGGUCCUGAUGCCGUGGUGCUUAAUACCUCUUCCUGUGUGGCGACUAUAACUCCAGUCCCGGGUAUUCCAGCAUACGCAGUCAGUAAAGCGGCUACUUUGAAAGAGAUGGAGUAUUUUGCUGCGGAGAAUUCGCAUGUUCGUGUGGUUAAUAUACAGCCAGGAUGGGUGACAUCAGACCACAAUGGACAUAUGGGGGAGGUUCGGGAUUCCCCGGACCUCCCGGGCCAGUUCUAUCUGUGGCUAGCUUCUGACGAAGCUAAAUUCCUCAAAGACAAGUACGUUUGGGUGAACUGGGAUGCGGUGAACAUAAUCAAACAAAAAUUCACGAAGGAGCAUUCCCGCGAGAAUGUGUAGUAUGAUUUCUGUCGCCGAAGGCAACAAAUAUGGGAAUUUGAUAUUCCAAGACUUCCAUUAGGAUAAUGUGGACAUUGAUCAGGAGUACAUGCUUGGUGAGGCCGGUGAUGACGCUGUCAAUUAGUUGGAGGCGAUUGGGUUGGUGGUAUGGAGCUUGGAUUUUCCAUCGAGCUGACCAUUCGGGACAGACGUUAAGGAGUUGGUAAUCUGCUGCUGGUAGGAGAAGGACGACUACCUGGGCAAAAAUGACAAGGAGACCUCGACGAUACCUGGAGGAUAGCGAGUACAAAGACCUGCCCACUACUAGGUGAAAGUUUGCAAAGGUUUAGUCAAAAUGUCCAUGGUGAGUUGAGGAAUGCUGUAGACGUCUUAUUUCAGAUGGAACGAUUUUAAAGCCCAUUAGUAUCACGCUUAUUAGUUCUAGACUUUGUCAUGGUAGUGAUGUGUAUCAAAGGUUUUUGGAG